AUGGCAUCCGAUCUCGAUCAGCUCAUUGAGAUGGGCUUUGAUAAAGAAAGAGCCCAGUUAGCCGUGUCAAAGACCGGUGGCAUCCAGGGUGCUCUCGAAUGGCUCGAACAGAAUCAAGACAAAUCGCUCGACGAGAUCAAGGCGUCCAAUGACGCCCAAGAGGAAGAAGAAGGACCCCCUCUGCAGCCUGGUGAAGAGGCUCGCAGCUUGGUGUGCAACGAGUGCGGCAAAAAAUUCAGAAGCCAGGCCCAGGCUGAAUUCCACGCUUCCAAGUCUGAGCAUGUGGACUUUUCCGAAUCCACGGAAGAACUCAAGCCGUUGACCGAGGAGGAGAAGAAAGCAAAGUUGGAGGAGCUCCGCCUGAAAUUAGCUGAGAAACGUGCCGGUUUGACGGAACAGGAGAAGGCCGAUAAAAAGAGGAACGAGGAAAUCCGAAGAAAGAGCAACAAGGAAAACCAGGAUGCCAAGGAGGACCUCGAAAAGAAACAGAGGAUGAAGGAGGCCGCGAAGAAGAAGCAGGAGAAGCAGGAUGAGAUCGAAGCCAAGCGACGGGUGAAAGCCAAGAUCGAAGCCGACAAGGAAGAGCGCCGAUUGAGAUCUGAACGCGAGAAAGCGGAACGGGCGGGAAAGCCACUUCCUGCUCAACCGACGCCGGCACCCGCGCCCACAUCCUCGGGACCUGUCGCAUCGAAACCGGCGUCUGCUUACACGGAGACUCGCCUGCGAUUCCAGACACCCAAGGGUAGCGUUAUGAAGACGAUGCCUGUCACCACCACACUCUUUGAGGUCGCGGCGGCUUUGAACCAAGAAGAUGGCAUUGAGGUGCAGAGCUUUUUGCAGACCUACCCGAGGAAGGUAUUCGAUUCGGAGUAUUUUGGCGAGUCGCUGAAAGAUCUGGGCUUGAUCCCCAGUGCCAGUCUCGUCAUUCAAUGAUGCGAUACUAUUGUUAACCAAGAAAUGAUAUUCAUUAAACCUUCACAUGACGUGAUGGGUUAAUUGAG